GACGUCGGUGCACCCAAAUCACGGUCCAUUCAUCUUCAAUUCAAACCUCUGAACGUUAUUUUAAUCCUCGUUGCUACUGUUAUGGCGUGCGCCCGAAUUGGACGCGCUCCUUAAAAUACCCGAAAUCUCCCACCACUUUCAAACCCUCAGCAACUCAAACCAUCGUCGUCGUCAACAAAUUCACUUCACACUUGCACCUGCAAAUCCUCUCUCUCUCUCUCCCUCUCUCUCUGCACACUUCUCUCCAUGGACGGCCAGUCGAAGCGCAACCUCCACAUCGCGAUGUUCCCAUGGCUUGCUCACGGCCACUUCACUCCCUUCCUCGAGCUCUCCAAGUUCCUCUCCCUCCAUGGCCACUCCAUCUCCUUCCUCUCCACCCCUAAGAACAUCGCUCGCCUCACCCAGACCCACCCCAAGCUCCCUCCCUCCAUCCGCCUCGUCUCCCUCCCCAUGCCCCUGGUCGACAACCUCCCGAGCUCGGCCGAGUCGACCUUCGACCUGGACAUCGACUCAGUCCCCUACCUCAAGAAGGCCUACGACCUGCUCGAGCCGGCACUGACCGGUUUCCUCUCGGGCGGCCGCGUGGACUGCGUGAUCCACGACUUCGCCAGUCACUGGCUCCCACGGGCUGCUACUCAGCUCGGGGUCAGCUCGGUGUUCUUCAGCACCAUCAAUGCGACUUCGCUCGCGUUCCUUGGCCCGCCGUCGGAGCUCAUCAGCGGCCGGUACCAUAAGCCGGAGGACCUGACCUGCGUACCGGAGUGGAUCCCGUACGAGUCCACAGCUUGCUUCAGGCUCCACGAGGUGCUGAGGCACCGGCGGUGCAUGGACGAGGAGAUCUCCGAUUUCUGCAGGUUGGGCCACGUGGUUGACGGCUGCGAUUUCGUGAUCGUAAGGAGCUGCCACGAGUUCGAAUCGGAGCCGUUGAGCUUGUUGCCGGAGAUUUACCAGAAACCCGUGAUUCCGAUCGGGCUAGUGACGCCGGCUAUCCGAGAGGAUGAAGGACACGACCAUGAGAAAUGGAGAGCCCUAAAAGGUUGGCUCGACACCAAGCGCGAGAAAUCGGCGCUUUAUAUCGCGCUUGGAACUGAAGUGAUUUUGAGCAGCGAGCUAAUGAAUGAGUUGGCGUCCGGGAUUGAGAAAUCCGGGUUACCGUUCGUUUGGGUGGUUAGGAACUGCCCCGUCCCGGCCGGGUUCGAGGAGCGAGUCUCGGACCGAGGAUUCGUCUGGGCGGGUUGGGCCCCGCAGACUCGGAUCUUGGCCCACGAGGCAAUCGGUGGAUUCCUGACGCACUGCGGCUGGAACUCGACCAUCGAGGCACUGAGCCGCGGGCGGCCUCUAGUGCUGUUCUCCGGGGGGAGCUCGGACCAGGGCCUGAUGGCCCGGUUUCUACACGAGAAGAGGGUGGGGUUUGAAGUGCCCCGGAACAAGGCGGACGGGUCGUUCACGGGGGAUGUGGUGGCCGAGUCGAUCCGGCGGGUCAUGGCAGAGCCCGAGGGGGAGCCGAUAAGGGCAAAUGCAUGGGCCAUGAAGGAGGUGUUUGGCGACAUGGAGUUGCAAAACAAGUACAUGGAGGAAUUUGUAGGGAUCUUGGAGAAAGGCGCCACUAAGGAGCAAAAGAUGGAGAACUAAUUUGCAAGACUGAGCA